AUGCGGCCAUCCAGCCGGGACGAAUUUGCGAUCGCGAUCAUCUGCGCACUGACCCUCGAGGCGGAGGCGGUUGAAGCACUCUUCGACGAAACCUACGACCGGUUGAGUGCGUUCUAUAAGAAACAAUCGGGGGACGACAAUGCCUACUUUAAUGGGAGGAUCGGGUCCCAUAAUGUGGUCCUAUGCCUUAUGCCACGGAUGGGGAAAGGGAAUGCUGCCAGCGUCGCAGCGAGCUUGAAGAUCAGCUAUAGGAAGAUACAAGUGGCACUGGUUGUUGGUAUUUGCGGCGGUGCCCCAUAUUCGCCGACCAAGGAAGAGGUCUUUCUGGGUGACGUGAUUAUCAGCGAUGCAGUGAUCGAGUACGACUUUGGCAGGCAAUACCGAGGUGGCUUUAUGCGGAAGGCCGGCGUGAGAGAUACGCUUGGGAGACCAAACCGAGAGAUUCAGUCUCUACUGGCCGGUCUCCAGCCGCAACAGUCCCGCAGGGACUUUCAAGCGAAGAUGCUACAGCAUCUGCGCGUAAUCCAGGCAGCACAACCUUAUUGGCGACAGCCGAGCUCUGCGGACGAUGUUCUGUAUGAGGCAUCCUAUCAACACAAGCAUUACGGUUCGGGUUCACCUCACUUGUGUAGCUGUCUUGACGAUACGUCCGAUGAAGUCUGCCCGGAAGCUCUGGACGCAAGCUGCAUUCUUCUAGGCUGUGCGCAGGACCAAAUCCAUCGACGUCGAGGAUGUCGGGAAAACACAAAUCCAACUAUACAGAUCGGGACCGUUGCUUCUGCGGAUACUGUGAUGAAGUCCGGUGAGCAUCGUGAUAAUCUAGUCAAGUCGGAAGGCGUGAUUGGGUUCGAGAUGGAGGGUGCAGGGGUAUGGAACAACAUUUCAUGUGUCAUCAUUAAGGGGGUGUGUGACUAUGCAGACAGCCAUAAGAAUAAGGCAUGGCAAGCGUAUGCAGCAGCGACUGGAGCCGCGACCGCAAAGGCUUUCCUAGAGUACUGGGACCCGACUGUUCUGGAAGGGCAAGCUGCAAGGAGGCCGAAGAGAUUCCUGACCAUUCGGAAACUCGUACAGCGGCAAACAAUCUGCUGCCUCUCACUAUCCUUCAUGCUAAUCAAAAUACCCCUCGUCGCACAGCCACUGUUACCCCGGCUGCACCUGACUUACUGCUGA